GAGUAAAAAAUAAGUUGAAAGAAACCCCAUAUAAAACAACUGGAUCUCUUCUUAAUCUAAUCUCAGCUGUCUGUACUUGCUAUGUAUAUAACCACAAAUCCCGUGAUCUAAAGUAAUAACCUCUCUCUUCAAUCUCAUCACACAUCAAAAAAAAAAAAAAAAAAAAAAACUUUCCCCAAUUUUAUCUCCCCCCCCCCCCCCCCCCCCCCCGCCCACCCUCACCCACAAAAUCAAAAAUAUUAGAGAAAAAAAAACUUUCUGCAGUUCUAUCAAAAACCCAGUAACAGAUUUAGAUUUCAUCAAAUACCUGGAGGAAAAAAAACUGAAUUUUGUUAAUGGGGGACGAAAGUAAAGGCCGAAGCCAAAGGGAGUCAUUACUGAACAACAAGAGUAUAGUAUAUGCACGUAGUAAAUCCCAUGCAUAUGAUGAAUUACGUGUAUUUCGUAGAUGGUUAAAGUGGAUGUGUGUAGAUCAAUCAGACACUUUAUCUACUCUACUUUCUUGGUUUGUUUUCAUAAUGUUUACAAUUGUUGUUCCAUGUUUGUCACAUUUUCUAUUAGCUUGUGCUGAGUGUGAUGCUAAUCAUGAUAGACCUUAUGACAACGUGGUUCAGUUGUCUCUUAGUGCUGUUGCUGCUCUCUCUUUUAUUUGUCUUUCUGGUUUUGUCAAGGAAUUUGGUCUCAGGAGGUUCUUGUUUCUUGAUAAACUUUGUGAUGAAAGUGAGACUGUCAGGGAAUGCUAUAUGGAACAGCUCCAUAGAUCAUUGAAGAUCUUAUUCAUUUUCGUCCUGCCUUGUUUCGCUGCUGAAAGCAUUUAUAAGAUUUGGUGGUACGGUUCAGGUGGAACUCAAAUCCCCUUUUUAGGCAAUGUCGUUGUGAGUGACAUUGUCGCGUGCCUUCUUGAGCUGAGCUCAUGGCUUUACAGGACGACCGUGUUCUUCCUAGUGUGUGUACUAUUUCGCUUGAUCUGUUACCUUCAGAUUCUACGGCUACGGGAUUUUGCUCAGAUCUUUCAGGUUGAUUCUGAUGUUGAGACAGUGUUGAGAGAGCACCUUCGAAUCAGGAGGCACUUGCGGAUCAUUAGUCAUAGGUACCGUAGGUUUAUCUUGUCGGCACUGAUAAUCGUCACAGCAAGUCAAUUUGCCUCCCUUCUCAUGACUACACGAUCAACUGCCGAUCUUCAUAUCUACAAGAGUGGUGAAGUUGCGCUAUGCUCCGUCAGCCUUCUUGCCGGGCUGCUGAUAAUAUUGAGAAGUGCAGUACGGAUUACCCAUAAGGCACUAGGUGUUACAUGCUUAGCGGCUAAGUGGCACGUGUGUGCAACAAUAGACUCUUUUGAGUCAGUUGAGGGUGAAACUCCUCCAGUAUCUCAAAUAGCCAGCAACCAAGUUUUCCCUGCAACUUCCGAAACAUCUUCGGAUGCAGAUGACGUUGGAGAUGAGGAAGAUGAGCUCGACAACACAAAAUUUGUCCAUUCGUAUGCUUAUAGCACAAUUUCCUUCCAGAAAAGGCAGGCACUAGUGACAUAUUUUGAGAAUAAUAAAGCAGGAAUUACUCUAUAUGGCUUUAUGCUGGAUAGAUCCUAUCUUCACACCAUUUUUGGUAUGGAGCUAGCUCUAUUUCUUUGGUUGCUUGGAAAAACCGUCGGCGCCAUCGCUUGAAUCAUCGGGUAUUGAAUCACUAUGUGCUUCAGACUCUCCAAUAAUGUUGCCACACUCGUAUCAGAUCCGCCAUAAAACCAUCACCCUUGUCAACAUUUUUGAAAAGUCCGAGCAACAUAGCUUAAUUGGGAAGGGCUUGUUUUUGCUUGUGCUAUUGUUUUGAGUGUAACAUAUUCAAUUAAAAUUUGUGUAGAGUUUAGUAUAAGAUGGUUGUGUUGUUCCUUUGGUACACUGAGAGUGAGAAUGUAUAGAGAGCUAUUUUAUUUAUUCAAUUUUAUGUUACUCCUUGUA